GUGGUAGACACCCUUGUUUUUCAAUUUAAUCGGUUACUUUUCAACGUAAAGAAAUGCAGCAUUCUGAAAAUGGGGUUUUGGAUGAUGAAAACUGGGUUUGGCAGCUCCCUGUUUUUGAUAAUUUAAAACAAUUGGAGUUGGUCCUUUCGAAUUGCAACUACUGGGAAGUACUGCCUGAGUUUCUGCACUCUACACCUAAUCUCGAAGAUUUGGUCUUUGAAAAUAAAACCCUGUGUGAGAGACGAUAUCCGAGGAGUGAAUGGAGGGAGCCAAAGGAUGUGCCUAUUUGCUUGUUAUCACACCUGAAGACCAUCUCCAUAAGUGGAUUCAAGGGACAGUGGCCUGAGAGGGAUUUAGCCAAGUAUCUCCUGAACAAUGGUCCUUUUCUGGAUAAAAUGCUGAUUUACACAGACUGUGUCGAAAAACGAAAGUAUGCAUCAUUUGCAGUGGUAAACUGA